CCCACGUCCCGGCCGUGUCGCCGCACUCCCUCGGGGCGGGCCGGGCGGCGGGCGGCGAGGCCGGAGCCUGGCGGCGCCCUGGGCCGAGCCCGCGAUGGUGAUCUGCUGCGCGGCCGUGAACUGCUCCAACCGUCAGGGCAAGGGAGAAAAGCGCGCCGUCUCCUUCCACAGGUUCCCCCUAAAGGACUCAAAACGCCUGAUCCAGUGGUUGAAAGCUGUUCAGAGGGAAAACUGGACCCCCACUAAGUAUUCGUUCCUCUGUAGUGAACAUUUCACCAAAGACAGCUUCUCCAAAAGGCUGGAGGACCAGCACCGCCUGCUCAAGCCCACAGCAGUGCCCUCCAUUUUCCACCUGACUGAGAAGAAGAGGGGGGCUGCAGGCCAUGGCCGGACUCGGAGAAAGGACGCCAGCAAGGCCUCGGGGGCCAUGAGGGGCCGCGGGAGCACAGCAGCCGGGAGAGGGGCCGUGAGCAGCUCUCCCUCCUCCAGUGGAACCCUGAUGGCCCAGCCAGAGCCCCGCAAGCUGAAGCGAGCCACUCUGCAGGGUGAUGCCACACCCAGGACCCCCCCAGAUCCCCGCCUUCAGGAGCAGGCCCAGCAGUGUCUGGGGAAGACCCCAGGAGGUGGACCAUCGGCCACCAGGGCCGGCAGCCAGGGAGAAGAAGGAGCAUGUGCGGAGGAAGCCAGGGGCCAGCCUGCUGGCGCCGCCUGGGCCGAGCGCGGCGGGGUGUCGGCGGAAGACUUCUCUCCCCCCGGGUCUGGAGCCUGCAGGUUCAUCGGCGCACUGCAUUCCUACAGCUUCUCCUCCAGACACACUCGAGAGAGGCCUUCCGUUCCCCGAGAGCCCAUUGACCGGAAGAGGCUGAAGAGAGACGUGGAGCCCAGCGGCAGCGGCAGUAGCCUGGGGCCGGACCAGAGUGUGGCCCACAGCCCUCCGAGGGCCUCGCUCACUGCCACGCCACAGAAGCCUGCCCAGAGCCCCUCCGCCCCGCCCACGGAUGUCACCCCGAAGCCAGCUGCGGAGGCCGUGCAGAGCCAGCAGAGCGAUGCCAGCCCCAUGUCCAUCAACGAGGUCAUCCUGUCUGCAUCAGGGGCCUGCAGGCUCAUCGACUCGCUGCACUCGUACUGCUUCUCUGCCCGGCAGAGCAAGAGCCAGGUGUGCUGCCUGCGGGAGCAGGUGGAGAAGAAGAAUGGCGAGCUCAAGAGCCUGCGGCAGAGGGUCAGCCGCUCCGACAGCCAGGUGCGCAAGCUGCGCGAGAAGCUGGACCAGCUAAGGAAAGCGAGCUUCCCCUACCUGAGCGGCCUGCUGCCCCCCAGCCGCGAGCCUCCCAAGAUGAACCCAGUGGUGGAGCCGCUGUCUUGGAUGCUGGGUACCUGGCUGUCUGACCCUCCGGGAGCUGGGACCUUUCCGACCCUGCAGCCCUUCCAGUACCUGGAAGAGGUGCACAUCUCCCAUGUGGGCCAGCCCAUGUUGAACUUCUCGUUCAACUCCUUCCACCCUGACACGCGCAAACCCAUGCACAGAGAGUGUGGCUUUAUCCGCCUCAAGCCCGACACCAACAAGGUGGCCUUCGUCAGCGCCCAGAACACAGGCGUCGUGGAGGUGGAGGAGGGUGAGGUGAAUGGGCAGGAGCUGUGCAUCGCAUCCCACUCCAUCGCCAGGAUCUCCUUCGCCAAGGAGCCCCACGUGGAGCAGCCUCAUCGGGAUUCUCAUGGACUAGUGGCUGCACAGGUGCUGGCUGGGGUUUCCCAAGGACACGUUGGCCUUGAAUCCAGGCUGCAGGUGAAGGUGGAGGUCACAGCAGGGAAGCACGUGAGGUGCUGAGUGGAGACCGAGAACAUGACAUCUCAACCUGAGAUUACCCGAAAAUUCAGGCUGAAUUCUGAAGGCAAACUUGAACAGACAGUGUCCAUGGCGACCACCACGCAGCCACUGACCCAGCAUCUUCAUGUCACCUACAAGAAGGUGACCCUGUAGCCAGCACUCCAGAGCCCGGGCCCUGCAUGGCUGCAGGCUGUCGGGGCUGCGCUGUCCAGAUGUUCCUGGAGUGGUGUCGAGAAACCAAAUAAAAGGCCUUUAUUUUUA